GGCCGGAGUGUGGUGGGGAGCGGACCGGAAGUGCCGGCCUGGCCUGGCCCGGCCCGGCCCGGCCCGGCGGAGGCUGCGCGGCCCCGACCACCGGACCCCGGUCGUUACCCCCGGUCCCGGUGCGAUUCGGUGGGAAUCUUUAUCCAACCUCGGCUCCGGCGAGGCCCCGGACACACACCGCCCCCCCCCCCCCCGGACCCCCCCAGCGCUGCCAUGAGGGUGAAGCUGAAGAACGUUUUCAUCGUCUACUUCGUGGUGUCGCUGGUGGGUCUGCUCUGCGCCCUGCUGCAGCUCGGGCAGCCCUGCGACUGCUCCCAGCAGCUGCGGGCAGAGCGGCGACGGGGCCGGGACAGGGACCGGCUGCUGGCGGAGCUGCGGAGUGGGGGGGCCCGGGGGGAGCCCCGGGCACAGGGGGGGGGCCGCACCCUGCCCACCAUCUACGUGGUGACCCCCACCUAUGCCAGGCCGGUACAGAAGGCGGAGCUGGUGCGGCUGUCGCAGACGCUGCUUCACGUGCGGGCGCUGCACUGGGUGGUGGUGGAGGACGCGGCGGCCCCCACGGCGCUGGUGGGGGGGCUGCUAGCCGGUAGCGGGGUGCCCUUCACCCACCUGAACGUCGAGACCCCCCCCGAACGUCGCCGACGUCCCGGGGACCCCCCCUGGCUACGUCCUCGCGGCGUCGAACAGCGCAACCGGGCGCUGCAGUGGUUGCGGGAGACGCGGGCGCCCGGCGAGAGCGGCGUGGUCUACUUCGCCGACGACGACAACACCUACAGCCUGCGCCUCUUCGAGGAGAUGCGCAGCACCCGCGGGGUGGCCGUCUGGCCGGUGGGGCUGGUGGGGGGCCUGCGUUUCGAACGGCCGCUGGUUGCGGGGGGCCGCGUGGUGGGCUUCCAUACCGCCUGGAAACCGGAGCGCCCCUUCCCGCUGGAUAUGGCCGGAUUCGCCGUGGGGCUGCCCCUGCUGUUGGCGCGACCCGCCGCUCGCUUCGACCCCCAAGCCGAGAGGGGUUACCUGGAGAGCAGUCUGCUGGGGGGGCUCGUGUCCCCCGCCGAGCUGGAGCCCAAGGCGGACAACUGUACGCAGGUGCUGGUGUGGCACACACGGACGGAGAAGCCGAAGCUGCGGCAGGAGGAGCAGCUGCAGCGCGAGGGACGGGGCUCCGACCCCCACAUCGAGGUGUGAGGGAACCCCCCCGUGUCCGUCCCCCCCCCCCCGCCCCACACCGCAGGGACCCCUCCGCCCUGGGGACACACCGGAUGUGGGGACCCCCCCCUCCCCGGGGACAUUUGGACUUUAUUUAUCAACACCCCCCCCCCUCCUUUUCCCGCGGGGCUCCACAGCCGAGUGUC